AAUGACAGCGCAGCAGCCGUCCAGUGGACUUGGGGCGGCUGCAGCGACAACUUCCGGUUCGGCGAUCGCAUGGCGCGUCGCUUCCUCGACACGCGGGAGGUGAACAAGGACAUCAACGCCCUGAUCAACCUCCACAACAACCGCGUCGGACGAAUCGCGGUGCGGAAGACGAUGCGUCGCGUGUGCAAGUGCCACGGCACGUCGGGCAGCUGCGCCAGCGUCACCUGCUGGAUGCAGCUGGCCGACAUGGCCGAGGUGGGCAGGCGCCUCCGCCAGGCGUACGAAGGCGCCCGGAGGGUCGAGUUCAACGACUUGAUGCCGCAGUGGCAGGCGUCCAGGAACGUCCUGCUCUACACGGCGCCGUCGCCCAACUUCUGCAAGCUCAACCUCACAGCCGGCUCUAACGGGACCAGGGGCCGAGAAUGUUCCCUACGCACCGGAGCGAACGUGUCGCGGUCGGAGCAGGAGAGCUGCAGGAAACUGUGCAACGACUGCGGCCUGGGCGUACGGCGCGAAAUACAAGUGCACUCCGAGACGUGCAACUGCAAGUUCCUCUGGUGUUGCUCCGUCAAGUGCGAUACCUGCCCCAUCACUGUACAGCGACACUUUUGCACGUAGUGGACUGCAGACAUCACGCAUGCUCAUCAAAUCACCAAAGAAAAGACCAAGCUCAGAUGCUGGCGAAUGUUGGUUAUAAGUCGAACAGAAUUAUCGAUAAUUAUUUGGAGCACUCUUCAGCAAACGAUUAUUAUUUUGGAGCACGACAACGGGCCAGUAAAAGAGCAAAGACAACUGGAGGAAAAACCGGGCAUCAAGACGUUGAAAAAAAAAAGCUAAAGCCCAUUGAAAACUUCUGGUGGGUGCUCUACAGAACAAUACGGCGGGUGCUCUAUAGAACUUACGUAAUGCCCUCGUGUGCGUUUGUGUCUGUACAUGCUGUUCUCCUAAUGUGUAAUAGUCUUUAAAAUAAUCGAGAAACUCCCAAAUCAAGAGACAGCGAUCAGUACCGUUUGUCACAAACGGGAAUUUACCCACCUUAAAGUGCAGUUUUGAGUGUGGUAUUAAACU